UUGAAUCUCAUUAGUUUUUUUUCUUGUGUGUUUCUCCCUGUCAAUAAUCCCGAAUCCAGACUCUCUCUAUUUCCAUCCCUCUCUAUCUGUCAAUCAGCGCCGCCUUUGAACUGAAAACCACUCCGACCAACUUCAACUCCCUCAAUCCGAGCGCCUCAGCUCCGUCUCCGGCUUCUGUUUCUGCCAAGAUUGCCCUCUUCUUUUUGAGUUUUGAACACUCACCCAGCCAAACGCCACUGCGAGUCCCUAAACUUAAAACUCGGGAUUCGGGGAUCACACCAAGAUCAAGGGUUUAAAAACUUUUGGGUGUUUUUGGCCCCCCGCAAAAUUAGCGCUCCUCGGGAAAAAUGCCGCAGCUGAACGGCGGUGGAGGGGACGAUCUGGGUGCGAACGAUGAAAUGAUUUCCUUCAAAGACGAAGGCGAGCAGGAGGAAAAGAUUUCGGAGAACUCCUCAGCAGAAAGGGAUUUAGCAGAUGUCAAGUCUUCUCUCGUAAACGAGUCGGAAACGAAUCAAAACAGCUCCUCGGAUUCCGAGGCGGAAAGACGGCCUCCGCCUAGAUCUGAAAGUUUCAGAGACAAAACAAGAGAAAGUUUAGAGGAGGCUGCGAAAAGGCAAGAUGGAGGGCUGUUCAAGAGCCCACCGUACCCGGGCUAUCCAUUUAUAAUGAUUCCCGACCUCACGAGCCCGUACCUCCCGAACGGAUCGCUCUCGCCCACCGCGCGCACAUAUCUACAGAUGAAAUGGCCCCUGCUAGAUGUUCAAGCAGGAAGUCUUCAGAGUAGACAAGCACUUAAAGAUGCCAGGUCACCUUCUCCAGCACACAUCGUUUCUAAUAAGGUCCCCGUGGUACAGCACCCUCACCAUGUGCACCCGCUCACACCUCUGAUCACCUACAGCAAUGAGCACUUCACGCCUGGGAACCCCCCUCCACAUCUACAGGCAGACGUGGACCCCAAAACAGGAAUCCCAAGGCCUCCACAUCCUUCAGAUAUAUCCCCCUACUACCCUCUGUCACCUGGCACUGUAGGCCAGAUUCCCCAUCCGCUAGGAUGGUUAGUACCACAGCAAGGUCAACCAGUUUACCCAAUCACGACGGGAGGUUUCAGACACCCCUACCCAACUGCCCUCACUGUCAAUGCGUCCAUGUCAAGGUUCCCUCCUCACAUGGUGCCCCCCCACCACAGUUUGCACACCACAGGGAUCCCCCACCCAGCCAUCGUCACGCACAACGUCAAGCAGGAGUCCUCUCACAGUGACAUCGGCUCCCUCAACAGCUCGAAACAUCAGGAUGCGAAAAAAGAGGAGGAAAAGAAGAAGCAGCCACACAUAAAGAAACCUCUGAACGCAUUCAUGCUUUACAUGAAGGAAAUGAGAGCCAAAGUGGUGGCAGAGUGCACACUGAAAGAGAGCGCAGCUAUCAACCAGAUCCUAGGCCGAAGGUGGCAUGCUCUGUCUCGAGAGGAGCAGGCCAAAUACUACGAGUUAGCCAGGAAAGAGCGACAGCUUCACAUGCAGCUGUACCCCGGCUGGUCAGCACGAGACAACUAUUUCACCCACAUCUUUCAAUUAAGGAGGUUUGCUGAUUACAUUGAUUUGAUUCACUUGACCGUUCUUCUUUAUGAUGCUGAUUACUGUGAGAUAUUGUCCAGGAAGAAUGCAGAGUCAUGUAUUUGCGGUCUCUCUUCAUCAUGGACACCUUUUGAAGGCCUCUGUAUCUUGUUCUUUUUUUUUCCAGAACACAGAGAAUAUUUUCCAAACCCUUGCCUUUCACUCCCUCCGAUUACAGAUCUGAGCGCCCCAAAGAAGUGUCGCGCACGCUUCGGGCUCGACCAGCAGAAUAACUGGUGUGGCCCAUGCAGGAGAAAAAAGAAGUGCAUUCGCUACAUUCAAGGUGAAGGCAGCUGUGCCAGUCCUCCUUCUUCGGACGGAAGCUUACUAGAGUCCCCCCCAUCCUCCCCCUCCAUUGUCUCUCCCUCCCCGUCCUCGAAAGAGUCCAAACCACAGACUGAACAAAUGCAACCUCUCUCACUGACUAUGAAACCGCCCCCCCUGCUCUCGUCGUCCCAACACCAACACCUCUCCAUGGCUCCACCCUUAGCUUUGUUGGACAACUCCGGGGCGGGCAAAACGUCCGGCUCGGCACACAACGGCUCCUUGGACCCCUCAGACGUGUCGUCGUCCCGACCCACAGGCUCCGCCUCCUCCAGGCCUACAUCGGCGUGUCAUUCCCACUCUCUGCUGCCCAGCUCCGCCACAACGCAACCCCUUUCACUUGUAACCAAGUCGAUAGACUAGCUUCGUUGUUUUUUUAAACCAGCUUUCUCUGUCUGUCUCUCCGUCUGUCACGCGUCUUGUCUUUUUUCAUUCUGUGUUCUGAUUCUCUUGUUUUUUCUGUGCGAUAUGGCUUUGAAAAUUUCGUUAAUUCUUUAUCAAAGUUCAUUGGUCAAUAUUUGACCUGUCAUUAUCUAAAAAAAAAAUGAAAUUAUUAUGAUUAAAUAUUGAUAAUUAAAUACACUUAAGUUGUAGAGUAUAGCUUUGUGAAUCUGCCAAAUUUUUUUAUAAAUUUUUUUGGGGUUGUUUUUGUUCAAUUGUUUUGCUUUUUUUCAGCUGUACAACAGAAAAAUACAUAAUUGUUAUGUUGACAUGUUUAAAGACAGAUAUACAAAGUAGG